AUGGAUAGGCUUUCUGCUACUACACUGCUUCCGGAUACGUUUCAGGGGACGAGGGACGACAUCGCGGGGCAAUUGGGGUUUAUCUGGGAACAGAUCAAGGCUCCUCUAAUCGUUCCUCUACUGAAAAUCGCGGUCUUUGUGUGCUUGAUCAUGUCAAUUAUGCUGUUCGUCGAAAGGGUCUAUAUGGGCAUCGUCAUCAUUCUCGUAAAGGUAUUUGGGAGAAAACCCGAGAAGCGUUACAAAUGGGAGCCGAUGAAGGACGAUGUCGAAAUGGGAAAUUCAGCUUAUCCCAUGGUUCUCGUGCAAAUCCCAAUGUACAAUGAAAAGGAGGUUUACCAGCUCUCCAUUGGAGCUGCAUGCGGGCUUUCAUGGCCAUCCGAUCGAAUCAUAAUCCAAGUUCUCGACGAUUCCACAGACUCAACCAUCAAGAGUUUGGUGGAGCUGGAAUGCCAGAGAUGGGCAAGCAAGGGAAUUAACAUUAGAUACGAGAUCAGAGACAACCGAAAUGGAUACAAAGCAGGGGCUCUCAAAGAAGGCAUGAAACGAAGCUACGUUAGAGAGUGCGACUACGUCGCCAUUUUCGACGCAGAUUUCCAACCUGAACCAGACUUCCUCUGGCGAACCAUCCCUUUCCUUGUCCACAACCCAGAUAUAGCUCUAGUUCAAGCUCGCUGGAAGUUCGUGAACUCCGACGAGUGCUUGAUGACCAGAAUGCAAGAGAUGUCGCUGAACUACCACUUCACGGUGGAGCAGGAAGUGGGUUCGUCCACCUACGCCUUCUUUGGUUUCAACGGGACGGCCGGCGUAUGGAGAAUUUCGGCUCUGAAUGAGGCGGGUGGAUGGAAGGACCGAACAACGGUUGAGGACAUGGAUUUAGCCGUGCGGGCGAGUCUCAAGGGCUGGAAGUUCGUAUACGUUGGUGGCCUCCAGGUGAAAAAUGAACUACCAAGUACUUUCAAGGCCUACCGCUACCAGCAGCACCGUUGGUCUUGUGGACCUGCUAAUCUGUUCAGGAAAAUGGUCAUGGAGGUUGUAAGGAACAAGAAAGUGACUCUGUGGAAGAAAUUCCAUGUUAUAUACAGUUUCUUCUUUGUUCGGAAGAUCGUAGCCCAUAUUGUCACCUUUGUCUUUUACUGUGUUGUAAUGCCAUUAACUGUUUUGGUUCCUGAAGUAGAGGUCCCAAAGUGGGGAUCUGUUUAUAUCCCUUCUAUCAUUACCAUACUCAACUCAGUUGGAACUCUAAGGUCACUCCACCUGUUAGUUUUCUGGAUCCUUUUUGAGAAUGUAAUGUCUCUGCACCGGACUAAGGCAACCUUUAUUGGCCUGCUGGAGGCAGGAAGAGUAAAUGAAUGGGUUGUAACUGAGAAAUUGGGAGAUGCUCUCAAGGUAAAAGCAGCUUCAAAAGCAGCCAAGAAACCUCGAGUCAGGAUCGGAGAAAGACUCCAUCUGCUGGAGCUAGGAGUUGGAAUGUUUCUCUUCUUUAUCGCAUGCUAUGAUCUUGCCUAUGGAAAGAACCAUUACUUCCUAUACCUCUAUCUGCAAUCUUUGGCAUUCUUCAUAGUAGGGUUUGGCUAUGUUGGCACCUUUGUCCCCAACUCUUAGCAGGCAUGGCCGGAUGCAAUGGCACAAUCCUCUUCAAUAUCUGUCAUACCACAUCUGUAUCUUUCUCUUCUCAGACAACAUAUAUAUGAAGUCAUUUUAGCAACGUUUUCCCGCAUUUGUUACUGUCUUAGCUCAUAAAAGAAAGGCCGGUCAUUCUUUCAUGCUGAGAAGAAGCACUCAAAUCGUGUGCCGAAGAAUUCUCCUGUGAAUACUCAACAAAAGGCCAGGAACUUACAGAACAUAGAUGUUGUUAUGUGAAUGCAUUAUUUACAAAGAAGAGAACAAGAAGAAGAAAAAGAAAAAGGAAGCAGAAGCAGCAUAGGGGGUCUGACCCUGGUUGUAAACAUCUUUUAAUGGGUUGUUUGUAAUUUGGGAUUUUUAGCUUUUUUUUUUUUUGGUUUUUUCAAUAUCCAUUUUGUUGGGCUUUGUUUGAGAUGGGAAUAAGUUGAUGGCCAGGAGGGGUAGUAAAUUACUAAAUUUGAAGGCUCUAUUCUUUUUCUUA